AUGGUGUUGUCAAUAUUUCAAAGGUUUCUCGACUGGCUAAAAGCGCUUUUCUUCAAAGAGGAGAUGGAGCUAUCGCUUGUCGGCUUGCAGUACUCGGGCAAGACCACAUUUGUUAACGUGAUUGCGUCUGGCAGCUACACAGAAGACACCAUUCCCACGGUCGGAUUUAACAUGCGUAAAGUUCAAAAGGGCAACGUAUCGAUAAAAAUUUGGGAUAUUGGCGGACAACCUCGUUUCCGAACAAUGUGGGAGCGAUACUGCCGAGGCGUCAACGUAAUCGUAUACAUGGUCGACGCGGCCGAUCACGACAAAAUCGAGCAGACAACUCGCGAGCUCCACGAGCUUCUUGACAAACCAUCACUACAGGGCAUGCCCGUUCUCGUGUUGGGGAAUAAAAACGACCUUCCCAACGCGCUCGACGUUGACAGCUUAACUGACAAACUCAAUCUUGAUCGAAUCGACGACCGGGAAGUCGCAGUUUACACGAUCUCCUGCAAAAAUAAAAAUAACCUCGACGUCGUUCUUCAGUGGUUGACAAAUAAAGCGAAGAAGAACUAA